CUGCUGUGAGGAGAUUUCCCGCCGGUUCUGUGCGGCUCGCUGUGGCGUAGACUGUAAUUUCGCUUCGUGUACAUCAGGCCGCCCCCGUCCUUCCUCCUCCCGGCAUGCUCUGCGCGGGGCCGCCCAGUCUCCGGUUCCGGUUCCGGUGGGGGAGGAGGAAGAAGCCGCCGCUGACACCGGUUGGACCGGCCCGGAACCCGGGACUAGGGGGGGAUGCGGGCCUCUGUGAAUUAUGAACAUUGAAAGCAGCAGCAUCAUCGAUGGUUUUCUUAAAUGUAGCCACACAAGCGUCCUGCAGUCUCCUUCCAGGGGUCUGCUUGGUCUAGGAGUAGCUGAGCAGCCCUCCUCCACCGCACUGUCCCGGACAGGCCUCAGCCUUGGCGCGGUGGGCUCAGCUUUAUCCGGACGCGAGAACAUGAUGUCACAGGAUGAGCUAAUGGUACAAGAGGAAACGGUGAAAAAUGACGAAGAAGAUGUGGAUGCACAGGAGAGGCUGCUGCCCCCGGGAUUCCAGUACACGGUUCAUGUGAAACAAGAGAUCAAAUUCACAGAGGAGAUGGAGGCGCAGAUGACGGAGAACAAGCAGCUGUCAGAGCCGGUCGACCUCCAGAAGAAGAAGAAAAGGAAGCAGAGAUCCCCAGCCAAGAUCCUCACUAUCAAUGAGGACGGCUCCCUGGGACUGAAGAUCCCAAAAUGUCAUGUGUGCGAGCACUGCAACGCAGCGUUCAGAACCAACUAUCACCUGCAGAGACACGUCUUCAUCCACACAGGUGAGAAGCCUUUUCAGUGCAGUCAGUGUGAUAUGCGCUUCAUCCAGAAGUAUCUGCUGCAGAGACACGAGAAGAUUCACACGGGAGAGAAACCUUUUCAUUGUGACGAAUGUGGGAUGCGCUUUAUUCAGAAAUACCACAUGGAGAGGCACAAGAGGACGCACAGUGGAGAGAAACCAUACCAAUGUGAAUACUGCCUCCAGUACUUCUCCAGGACGGAUCGGGUACUGAAGCACAAGCGCAUGUGCCAUGAGAACCGAGAGAGGAAAUCGGGAAAAAGCUCCGGCAAAUCCUCCCUCUUACCUCCCGACGGCGACAUCUGCUUCUCUGCCGCGUGUAAAGAUGGGGCUUUACCUAAAAAGAAGCAGAGGACAGAUAAGAUGAAGCUCUUGGGGAUGAGCGAGAAGGAAAUAUCGCUUGAGAAAGUGGAUCAGAAGAAGGAGAAAAGCGACUUCCUCCCACUCUUCCCAGACAGCACCAAAGUGAAAGACGAAUUCAUGGUGGCAGAGUAUGCUGUGGAGAUGCCGCACCCCUCGGUCAGUGACUUACACUUACAGGAGCCGGUGUCUGGAGAUAUCAGUCCUCCUAAGCUGCUGAUUAAGAAGGUGAAUAGCAAGAAGUGCGUGAAGCACGUCCUGGAGCAGAGCCCGGCCAUGACCACGCUGUCUGCCUUUGAUGAUGGCAAAGUGGCAAAAUAUGCGUUUGAACUUGUGGAUAAGCAGGUGCUGCUGGACUCGGGAAGCAAUUCAGACAUGGAUCACAAUGAUCCGCUUCAGGAUGGAAGCGCUAAACCAGCCAAUAGCAGCGUCAGCUAUGAUGAGGCCAUGCAGUUCUCCAAGAAGAAGCGGUAUCUGCUGGCCGCCAGCACCAACAGCAGCAAUAGCAGGGAGUACGCUUUGAAUGUGGGCACCUUGGCAUCUCAGCCUUCUGCCACCCAAGCAGCAGUGGCCAGUGUCAUAGAUGAAAGUGGCACGGCUGCCCUUAUAGAUCCCCAGGCGUUGAGUGUGGACAUCAAAACAAACCAUGAUAAGAGUGUGAUUCCGGAUGAGGUGUUACAGACCCUCCUGGACCAUUACUCGCACAAAGCCAACGGGCAGCACGAGAUCUCAUUCAGCGUAGGGGAUACUGAGGUGACCUCCAGUAUUUCCAUAAACUCUUCAGAGGUGGGGGAAUCCAGCCAGCCAGAGACUUUGGGGGCCCCCACCCAGGUCCCACAAUCUGACAAAGCCAGCAUGUUGCAGGAGUAUUCUAAGUUUUUGCAGCAGGCGUUGGAACGGACUAGCCAGAACGAUGCCUAUCUGAACAACACAAGCCUUAACUUUGUCACCGACACCCAGAGUCUCUCCAGCACAACCACCUUCCCCCCACUGGACAAGCAUGUCUAUGCCACACUACCCAUCAGCACUUUCCGGGCAGGUCUGAGCACCCCGCUGAGAGUGUCCCCUGACAAAUCUCACUUUGGCCUCAUUGUGGCCGAUUCCCAGAGCGCCUUUGGCUUCACAGGGGAUGACGGUAGCCACACGUCCCCUUCACCUUCCUCCUCCACGCAGGAUUUUAUAGAUCAAGUGACUGGACAAAAGAAGAAUGACUCUCAGACUGUCCAUCAGACAUACCAGCUGAAUGCUUUUGAUCAGCCCUUCAGGGCACAGUACCAUGGCGGUCGGCCUGGAAUAUCUCCCCAGUUUAGUGCUGCCAAUGGACAGGUAAACAUGCGUCAGGCGGCCACCAGCACCGAUUUUACAGACUUCUCCCUGGUAAAUGUUAAUGAAAGCAGGACCCAGAUGGCUUCUCCCCCGGACCCCGCUACCAGCCAGACCUUUGGCUAAUCCACUGUUUCAGCCUUUUGUCGCCGGAAGGGAUUGUUGCAUAUUGCUAAACAUAACAAGCCUUUCAGGAAGUUACUGUGUUACAGCAGCCACCUGUAACCCCCCCCACCCGCCCACCCGCGUGUAGCGUACAGCAACCGCUUCCUUCUAUCAAUACGCUGACAAGGCUGCUUUUGCCGGUCUUGUGUGUGAUGCAGGAGACUGGCGCUUGGCUUCUUUCUCUCCCUGUUCUGUAUCCUGAUACAUGAGAUCUUGGGAUAUUGGGGCGCCGGGAUAAAAGAAGCUGUUUCAUGUGUGUGUAUGCACAACCCUGGUAAGGAGAGAUAAGCGGCGCCCUACUGUGUUCAUACCCCACAGUAAUGGUGACCUUUGUUACCACAGGGUUUGGUCUUUGCUGUGCUCAGUCUGUGUUUAACCCAUAGGGGGCCACUGGAGAUGCUGAUUUUACCCCCUAAAAAAGGUGAAAAUGAUAUAUAUGGCACUUUAUAGACAGCAUUUCAAAUUGUGGUUAUGGUGAGGAGGGCACGCUCUACAGUCCCGGAUCUCACAGGUUAGUAGGGCUUUAAGGAAGGAGAAUAGACUGCAGGGAUUUUGGGUGCCAUCUGCAGCCCAUCCCCUUGCCUGUAUCUGCAGGGCAGUGCUCGAAUACUUAGUGCUCUAAUAGCAGUGUUCUAAUACUGUUAUUUAGUGCAAUGCUCUGCAGACACCCGGACGAUGAGAAGCAACGCUCUGCGCUGUGACUCUAUGAGAGGAGAAGCACUUACCUUUUCUUUCUCGGUCAGCUCCAUUGGGGGAUUCAGAGACCAUGGGUAUAUCUUGCUGCCACUAGGAGGCUGACACUAGAUGUACAAAAAGAAGUCGGCCCCUCGUGGCAGGAUAUACCCCGCCUACUGACUCUGAG